GGACUUGCAAAGGAUCACCCGUUUGGAGAGGAAGGUGACGUGUCUUUCUCCACAGGGGAGAUGUCUACCCAGAGGUUAAUUUCUAACAGAACCUCCCAGCCAUCUGCCUCAAAUUCUGAUUACACCUGGGAAUAUGAGUAUUAUGAGAUCGGACCGGUUUCCUUUGAAGGACUGAAGGCUCAUAAAUAUUCCAUUGUGAUUGGAUUUUGGGUUGGUCUCGCCGUCUUCGUGGUUUUUAUGUUUUUUGUGCUGACCUUGCUGACCAGGACGGGAGUCCCACACCCAGACAAUGCAGAGUCUUCAGAGAAGAGAUUCAGGAUGAACAGCUUUGUGUCAGACUUCGGAAGACCUCUGGAGCCAGACAAGGCGCUUUCUCACCAGGGCAAUGAGGAGUCCAGGUCUCUCUUUCACUGCUACAUCAAUGAAGUGGAACGCUUGGACAGGACCAACGCUUGUCACCAGACCACAGCCUUCGGCAGCGAUGUCCAGCUCCAGGAAGCCAUCGGAGGUGGCGGGCGGCCAGAGGAGGAGCUGAACAAGCUUAUGAAGUUUGACAUCCCCAACUUCGUGAACACGGACCAGAACUCCUCCUUUGGCGAGGAUGAUCUGCUGAUCUCGGAGCCACCUAUUGUUCUAGAAAACAAGCCGCUUUCCCAGACCGCCCGCAAAGACCUGGAUUGAGAAACAUGCUCUGCAAAGUAUCUUCCUGAAGAUAUGGAUUCUGUCUUGUGUAGCAAGAAAUCCCUGUCCACCAAAACUGUGUUUGGGAGAGAGAGGCAGAGAAAGAGAGAGAGAGAGAGAGAGAGAGAGAGAGAC